UGAACGUUCACGCCCAUGCGUGGCAGCCAUGUUGGUUGGGGAAAAUACCGCUGUUGGCCGUAUUAGCUGAGGUGGGGGGGGGCAGCUGCAGAAAGAACUCCUCCGGCCCCGGUCACAGGCAAAGCAAGGAGGGCUGCAGAUGGGAACAGAGCAUUGCACGGACUCAGCGGAAACCCUCCGGCCACAGGUCUCUGUUCUUCGUUCUCUGUUCUUCUCCUGCACAUUCAGAUGGUUGAGAGCAUAACAUGUUCUCCAUCCUGUGGUCUGACCACAAUGAGAUUUUGAUUUACCGAACAUUUGAAGAUUUUAAGAAGCUGAAUAGACAACUAAAAAAGAAGUUCCCCCUUGAAGCUGGAUUAUUCCGGAAGUCUGAUAAUCUUCUCCCAAAACUAAAAGAUGUCCCAAUCUUCAGAAAAAACAGGACUACAAAUCGUUUCAUCGAGAGACUCCGGCUCCUGGAGAAAUAUUCCCAGGAACUGCUGAGAACGGACGGGAAAAUCUCACAGUGCGACUUGGUCCUGAAGUUUUUCACUCCUAGCAAUAACGAUCUGAAUCCGAAAUUCCCCGAAAACAGCUUAGUGAUGAUGACCUCCGACAGCAAGGAUCAGAAAGAACAGAAGAAGCCUCUGCCUGAAGCCCCAGCCAUACACCCCAUUGUAUCCCAGCAGUACAUAUGCAUGGAAGACUACGAGACCAAAGACACCAAAAAUCGACCUUUAAAAGUGAAGCGCCAUGAGCUUGUGGGGGUCUUAAUCAAGGAGAACACAGGCUGGUGGCUGGUGGAGAACGAGGAGAAACAUUUGGCUUGGUUUCCAGCUCCAUACCUCAAAGACGUUGAUAACAGUGAGGACACAGACUCAGGAACUUCAGAAGAUGAAGGGGUCCUUUAUUAUGCAGCUAAAGCUUAUGAAGCUAUGAACUCUGAUGAGGUUUCCAUUACUGUCGGUGUCCUUGUGGAGGUCAUAGAGAAGUCCAACAAUGGCUGGUGGCUGAUCAGGUAUAAUGGAAAAGCUGGGUACGUCCCAUCCAUGUAUCUCAAGCCAUAUCGCACUUACCAGCAGCUACAAAUGAUCAGCCAAGGGAAAUUCACAUCCACCCCAAACUUGUUCAAGGCAGCCAGCAAUUUGUCCUUGAACAGGGUCACUGUGGGCAGAAGGCCACAACAGUCACCGGACAUGGGCUCCAAUGGCGACCAGGCAUCAAGAACCCCACUAAUGUUAGACAGGAGAAAAUCUCGAUCUCUCUAUGGGCUUCCAUCAAACAUACAGAGAGCUCUCCCAUCACUUGCCAGUGGAUUAGGGAAUGGGCAAAAGGGUCUCGGAGGGGGAAGCAAUCAAACUCUCAGCACAGACUGGAAGGACAAACCAAAGCAGAACACCACAGAGCUGGAUUUCGGUGGCCAGGAACAACCUAAUUCUCCUACCACCAUGCCAGAGCCACCCGCUAUCAGUUAUAAACCACAUACCCCAUUAAUGCCCCAACGCCCCAAGCAUCAUGAGAUACUACACAGAUGCACUACUGUGACAAAAAAUGCCCUACAGAAAACCAGUGAACUCAUAGAUAACUCUGUUCCAGCCCCACAGAUCAGCUGAGACCCACCUCCCCUAAUCUAACAGACAACAUAUGGCCAAAAGUAUGGGAAUACCUGCCUGUCCAACAUCUCAUUCCCAUUCAUAGGAAGUUGCUCCUCUCUUUGCUGCAAUGAUUGCCUCUAUUUGUGUGGGAAGGCUUUCUACUGGAUGGUGGGACAUUGUUGGUGGGAUUUGGGUUGAGGCCAGGGCUCAGUUCCACUCUCAUCUCAGCAAACCCAACCUGUACGGACCUUGCUUAAGGUCCCCAUACACCUUAAGAUCUGCUCUCUUGGCGAUGUCGCCAAGCGAGCAGAUCUUCUCCCGAUAUCCCCCACCUAUGGGUGGGCGAUAUCAGGAGAAUCCAGGGUAAUUCGAUCGUUUGGCCCUGGGACGGGUAUAGGCAAAGUGGGUCCGGGGACCGCAUCAAUGAGCCGAUGCGGUCCCUGAUCCGACUAGAUUUUCUAACCUGCUUGAUCGAGAUCUGGCCGAUUUCAGGCCAGAUGCCGGUCGGGCAGGCCCGUCGGUAGUGCCCCUACAUGGGCCGAUUAGCUGCUGAAUCGGUCUAACGGACUGAUAUCGGCAGCUAGAAUCGGCCUGUGUAUGGGGACCUUUAGUCCAUGGGGCUUUGUUGUGCUGAAACAGGAAACCUUCCCCAACUCUAGCCCCAAAGUAGGAAGCAUGGAAUUAUCAAGAAUGUCACGGUACCUGUGUCUUUAAUAAUGGGCGUGGCUUAGAGAGCUGAUUUCAGUAAUAUGCCAGUAAUGAUAAGGGAUGUCCCCAUACUUUUGGCCACACAGUGAACUUUAUAUUUAUAUGUUAUUUAUUUUGACCCAUACAGUGUGAUUAUUUAUAGAACCUGUUACCGGGGCUGAAGAAACAGUGAUGCACCUGAGUGAUUCAGAAUUAGGCUUAUUUUUGUAUUUUUAAGGGGAUGUAAACCCUGCUGCACUGCUCCAUCAACUUUUACUCAGUUGUUGCUGAACUACAAAUCCCAGAAUAAUGUAACAUAUAAUGAAGGGUGAGGCAUGCUGGGAGCUGUAGUCCAGCAACAUCAGGGUUGUAUUCUUAAAGCAAUAUUGCACAAUAAAACUUUUCCCCAAAUCCCCACAGCCAGCGGCUGCUUUAAAGUGCAAAGAAUCCUCCAAUGAGAAUCCCAGCUGAUCUGUGUAAAUCCGGCUCCCUGUUCUCUGUUCCUGCAAUUGGAGUUGGGAGCAUUAAGCCCAGUUUCCCAGCACUGAACAAGUCUGUCCCUUUAUCCCCAUGUCUGAUUCCUGUGCCAUAUAAUGAGGGGAAAUAAUGAUAUAAUUAUCUCUAUAUGUAAGGUACCAGCAAGAUGCCUGACACAGUGCUGGGAAUCAGCAUUCUCAUUGGUCAGUUCACCUUGGCUUGUGUGGCCAAAUCAUUAUGAAAAAAACGUGGUAGAACAUUUGCCAUGCUGUCCAAAGAAACUGACAGAGGUCGUUACACUGUCGCUUUAAGUAAAUUUUGUAUAUUUACCUUAUUGUGAUGUUUGCAAAAUAUAUAUAUAUAUAUAUACACACACACACUGUAUGUUUUGAUUUAUUUAAGCAAAUGUUUUUAAUAAACGUUAUAAUGGUA